CCUCCCCUCCCCUCCCCUCGGAUGCCCGUCUCGCUCCACACUCCGCUCUCGGUCCCUCCCGUCGCAGCGCUGCCGCGCCGGGCGGCCAUGGCAGAAUUCUUCAGGUCAUUGAUCGUUACUACCAAGACAAUUGCUACGAUGAUAAUUCAUCCCUCGCUUUGCCAGGUUGAGGAAUUGCUUGCAUGGAUGGAGUGCCCAAAUUGCAAAUACCGCAUUGAUAAUACUGAUGUUUUAUCACAGUGGCCAGGACUCCCUGCUGGUGUCAAAUUUGAUCCAACUGAUCUCGAACUGCUUGAACAUUUAGAAGGAAAGGUUGGCAGGGCAGCGUCCCAUGUACUAAUAGAUGAUUUUAUUCCAACCAUAGGGGAGGCCCAAGGAAUCUGCUAUACACAUCCGGAAAAUCUCCCUGGUAUCAAGAUGGACGGGAGCACCGGUCACUUCUUCCACAAAGUAUCCAAUGCAUACGUUGUUGGCAAGCGUAAGCGUCGCAAGAUUAGCAAUAGUGACCACACUGUCUGUGAUGAGAAUAUCAGAUGGCACAAGACUGGAAAAUCCAGAUCUAUCUUAGAUAAUAACGGUGUCAUAAAAGGAUGGAAGAAAAUAUUGGUUCUUUACAUUGGUUAUCGGAAAGGAGGUGGCAAGACAGAGAAAACUAAUUGGAGAAUGCAUCAGUACCACCUUGGGGUAGAUCAAGAUGAAAAGCAGGAGGAGCUUGUUGUUUCCAAAGUCUUUUAUCAGGUGCAGUCAAUGAAUGCUGGGCAGUCUCUAGUGUGCGGUGUUAGUGAAGAAUUCGAUUCAUUUGCUGGGGAAGACGAUCCUACAACCACAAUGACAUACCCUCUGCAGACUCGUUGCCCAAACGGUAGCCCAUCCGGAACCGAGCAGAAUCAGGAGGAGGGAGAGUCCCGCAUGUCAACUGUUCGGGAAGCCGUGGAAUGGCUCGCUGGAAGCUCGUCGCAUGCCGUGGAGGACGCACCACUGUCUGGCCUGGAUGAACACCUGUCAAGCGGCGGGACCGCCUACCCUGACCCUGAGGGGCAGCCUCUGCCGCUUGACGCGGAGGCGCUCCAGGAGUUGCCCGACCUCGGAGCGCCUCCGGAUAUCCCCCUUCCACCCGACAUGAAUUUGGAGUCGCAGGAUAGCAUGGAGAUGUGGCUGGCCAGCGUGUUAACAGAGGAUGAGGAGGGGUUUGAAGUAGCGGAGCAACGAGAAGAGGCCGGUUUUUCUCCGUGAUGUAGUAGUAUGUUGUAUCUCUGUGCAUGAGUGAUGGAUCUCCGAGAAAAUUUUGUAUAUGAUACUGGAGCUUGCCAAUUGAGCAUUGCUCGGCUAUGUUUAAUGUUUGUAGUAGUAGCAGACAUUUGUUUUCAAAAAUGUAAAUGUGGGAGCACCACUCCCAAUUUCA